GUUAGGAAUGAUAAUCCGAUCUUGCUAGUUUUGGAUCCUGAACUUAUCUUUUCUUGAUUGUUCAUUUACUUCUUUGUCUUUCCCUUUGUGUUAGUGUAGUAACCUAUCUAAUAAAGUUAGAAAAUAAAUCAUACUAAAAACAAUUAAUUAAAUACAUAAAUAAAUAAAUAAAGGGAAAACAAAACCAAAACGACAAUCUCCUGCUGCGCGAAGACCUCAUUUUUUUCAGCAAGCAGUCUCGAAGCUUCCUCUGCGAAACCCUUCCCCUUUCUUCUCUGAUUAUGCUGUCAAUUCGUAUCAUCCUCGCUGAUUCUUGCCCAUCGCUUCCGUCGCAUCCUCCUGUAUUCCAAUCUCCGGACAGAUGGGCUCGCAACGGGCAAAUUUUUCACUGUGCUAUAUGGUCAAUUGCUUACCCUUUCGGUUGAUGAUCUUGCUGCAUUCCUUGUUCUGCCUACUAGAGGCAAGCAGCUCAUUAGUCCUCUGGAGUUCUGGUCCUACAAGUUUGACUUGCGCCAGGAGGCCACAAAUCGCUCCUUUGAUUCGCUGGAUGAUUCACUCAAGCUUCUACACUACUACAUCACACGAGUGUACUUUCCUCGCGUUGAGCGCUUGGAUGUUGUUCUACCUCUUGAUUGAUGGGUUAUGUCUCACGCCAUCUCCGAUAUGUCGUUGAGCUAUCCUGAUUUGCUGUUUGGGGCACUCGUAGAUGCUGCUGCCAGCGAAUCUCCCCCUGUUGGUCUUCCUUUUGCUACACUAAUUACGCUGCUGCUUCAGCGUCUCGGUGUACCUCUGGCUGACUUAGUCACCAUUUCUGAUAAUGGUGUUCAUCCCACCAUCGAUGAGGUGCUACCUGUGGUGGGAAUACCCCCCAUUGUUGAUUUAUCAUCAGGGGGAGAUGACCAUGGUGAUGUGGCCACAGACGCAUCAGUUAGAGAAAGAGGCGAUGAGCUCGCCAAAGACGAGGCGUCCGUGGAUGGUAGUGCAUCUGCUUCGGCCUCUGUCCGCCCCUUCAAGCUCAAGCGACAGGCUAAAGGACCUCGUCCAUCUAGCAGAGUUCUCAAGCGUCUCAAUAAUAAAAAACCAGCUCAAGGAGUGGUUCUUUAUGAGAAUCACGAUCUUGAGCAAAAAAAUUAAAAGCCUUAAUUUAGGGGGAGCUUGGGUUUAGGGGGAGCUGGUUUUGAGUUGUUGCUUGUUGCUGUUUUGAAUGGUUUAUUUGAAUUGCUGCUUUUAAGGUCAGGGGGAGUAUUGAAUUAUGUCUCUUAUUUGCAUUGUUGAGUGUUUUGAUUGAAUAAUGCCCUGAGCUAUACUCAGGAUGAAUGGAGUAAUAUGUUUUCUCAAUGAUUUGCAGCGUAGGACGAAUGGUGAUUAAAUAACUUUCGUUAUUUAAAUCUUGAGCUUUAUGGUGAAUGAAGCAUAUCCAGUAACAAGAUGCUAAAUCAAGCUUAGGGGGAGAAUAUUGAGUCAACAAGCUUGACUUAGCGUAUUAAAUACCAUAGGAUAUU